AAGUUUCUCACAUUCUGCUUGAAACAGCGUGUGAGUGUACGGCGCGCGCGCCCGUGCACACAGGCACUCACAUCUUAAUAUAUUGCGCGGUCACGAGGCAGACACUCUCACUCGCAGAGCUUCUACUGUCAGUAGUACGAGGCGCGCAAAGGCGAUAGAUACGAGCGUUUACGGGCACCAGGCGUACGUGCAUGUGCGUGGAGGGAUUGAAGCACAGUUCUGGAUUGACUAACAGUGAAGAUCUUGGGAUCAAUGGCGCGUGGCUUUGAGAUCGUUUAAAAUUUAUUGGAAGGGAGAGUGUGAGAGAGAAAGGGAGAGUGUGACGGGGUGAGUGAGAGAGAGGGGGAAACAGUGUCUUUCAACAAUGGAACUUACAAUGGAAAACAUUGGAAAUCUUCACGGCGUGUCACACUCCCACCAUCACACGGGCGACUUGAUGAACUCUCCACACGCGCGACAGUCGGCGACGCAUCGGAACUUGGUGUCGUCGCACGGGAGAUCGGCUAUGGUCUCCAGCAUGGCCUCGAUACUGGACGGAGCCGGGGAAUAUCGCACGGACCAUUCGCUGUCCGGUCCUCUUCAUCCUGCCAUGUCCAUGUCGUGCGAUUCGAGCAUGAGUCUGAGCAGCACUUACACCACGCUGACGCCGCUGCAGCACCACCUGCCUCCCAUAUCCAACGUCUCCGAUAAAUUUCACCAUCACCCGCACGCUCAUCAUCACCCCGCGCACCAGCGUCUCGCCGCCGGGAACGUCAGCGGCAGCUUCACGCUGAUGCGGGAUGACCGGGGCCUCGCGUCCAUGAGCAAUCUAUACGGCCAUUACUCAAAAGACCUGUCCGGGAUGGGACAGCCUUUAUCACCUCUAUCCAACGGCCUGGGGUCUUUGCACAACUCUCAACAGACUCUGGGUGCCUACGGUCCCGGUGCACACCUCGGGAACGAGAAAAUGAUUUCCACUGGAGGGUUUGAGUCUCACGCUGCGAUGCUCGGCAGGGGUGAGGAGCAUCUGACGCGGGGUUUAGGAGGACACGGGCCGGGCAUCAUGUCCUCCCUCAACGGCAUCCACCACCACGGCCACACGCACUCUCAGGGGAACGGGUCAGUACUGUCAGAGCGUGACAGACAGACAGCAGGAGGCGGGGGACAGGGAGGUGGGUCAGGCCAGGUGGAGGAGAUCAACACCAAAGAGGUUGCUCAGCGAAUAACCGCGGAGUUAAAAAGAUACAGCAUUCCGCAAGCGAUCUUUGCCCAGAGGAUCUUGUGUCGCUCUCAAGGAACUCUGUCUGAUCUCCUGAGGAAUCCAAAACCCUGGAGUAAACUAAAGUCAGGUCGAGAGACGUUCAGGAGGAUGUGGAAAUGGCUACAGGAACCAGAGUUCCAGCGCAUGUCGGCCCUUAGGCUUGCAGCCUGCAAGCGUAAGGAACAGGAGCAGCACAAAGAACGGAAUCUGGUUCCCAAGAAGCAGCGCCUGGUGUUCACGGACCUGCAGCGUCGCACACUCAUCGCUAUCUUCAAGGAGAACAAGCGGCCCUCGAAGGAAAUGCAGAUGACCAUCUCGCAGCAGCUGGGCCUGGAACUUAGCACCGUCAGCAAUUUCUUCAUGAACGCCCGGCGCCGCUGCGUCGACCGCUGGCACGAGGAACAUCAUCACGGACACGGAGCCAGUCCGGGUCAGCCUGGCACCUCCGCAACCACUUUCUCCAAGGCUUAAGUCGAAAACCCCUUUCCCCCUGGGUGCCGGACGAUUUUUGGUCUGCGGUUACCCGUCGCGUGCCAAUCAAUCCCACCGCUGCCGCUAAUGGCAACGUUUUACAUAAAUGCAACUUUUUUUGGGACUGUUAUAAACCAAACCAAAACUCCACAUGGAAAGCACCUAUUAGUCCACAAUACGCAAAGGCAACUAUUCACACAAACCAAAAAACCCAGGCAGUCUGGCUUUAGUCUUUUUGUCCUCUUUACUGUGUAAUCACGUAGUCGACAACAAAUGAGCUUUUUUCGUAGCUCGCAGCACACAAGGCUUGUUACUCAAACAAUGUUGUCAAAGAAAGCCACCACCUGCAUCAUCACUCUCGGCCCACGGUGGCACAAUUCCCUAAUGGCCAGCUGUUUCACGGAGACUCUCAGAUCAUAUGCUAAGCUAAUGAAUUGAGAGACUAAUCGAUACAGAGAGAAAAGCGAAGGAUGUUGACCUCUACUGAAGGUGAAAUGGAACAAGCUCCUUCAACAAGGACUCUCGCGUUCGCCCAGCACGGCUCUCCAUUUGGUUUAUUUUGCACAGAUGUAAAUGGAGGCCUGCCCGGCAGACGGCGUUUUCUGCACUUCGGUUAACGCAUGUUUUCUGAGCAACGAACGGAACACGUGAGCCAGAUUGUCUCAAUCUACAAUCAGCACAUUGCAACCAAAGCAUCCAUAAUGCAACUAGCGUAUCGGUCAACUGCCAUCCAGAUUAUUUUGAACUGGGGGCAAAAUACUGGACCACUUCUAACAAUGGUGCACUGACAUUCUGAUUUUGAAAGAUUGCGACCUGUGACAUUUCAACUACAGAGUAUUUUUCAUUCCGUAUAAUCACAAUAGGCCAAAGGUCAAGAAAGCUUAGGGUACAGCCAAACACAACGAAAGGCACAUUUUAAACACGUACGGAAAUAUUUGUUACAAAAUGGUACACUUACUUCCUAAAUCCUACUGACAAAUCAAACGUUUGGUUUAUCCUGCAACGUGGACAAGGGGAAAACUCAGUCCAAAAUGUUACAUAAAAUCUAGUGCCAAUAAUGUUUGCCUUAAUAUAAAAUAAGAGUUCACACACCUUCAGCCAGAAUCCACCCCCCCCCCCUACCCAAACUGGCAUUAUGUGCCAUAGCAACCAACAAUCAUCUUUUAAAUAAAUCUGAAUCUUUUUUAUACAAAAAAAGAAUAAUCAAUGCUUUAAAAUAUUUAGCAAAUCAAUGGCAAAAAGGUAGAAACAUACGCAACAAGAACAGCUAAACAAGCUCACUAUAAUUUAUAUUGAUCUACUGCAUCUUAGUUUCCCAUUCUUCUCUUUAUCUAUCUUCCACGUGCUAUUUCUUCAUAAUAUUAAAGCGGGUAAUUGGUACAAAAUAUUUCUAUUUCUUAUUAAACUUGUGAUCUGUUGUGCAUAUGUAAGGCACCUUGUCGAUCAUUUGGAAAAUUCAUAAAAAAAAGAGACUUUCUUAAAGAACAGGAAAACUAGGAAAGACUGCAGAUGGACAUGGAACAUCUCUGCAUUGCAUGUGAACUAACACAGGUCAUCACAAAAGGAACUUUCAUGAAAGAUGGAAAGGCUGUGAGGAGACACUGCUCACUCUCUGUUGGAGAGAGAACAAAACCAGAAUUCCACCCAAGAAUCCUCGAAGAAACCCUGCCAAAAUGGGUGUGGAACAAGGGCACAACCUUACCUCCGUAGGGAGAUGUUCAAAAUCAAAGAGGAGUUUUUUUUAGCAAUGCAACAGUAGCAAUUCUGGAAAUGUUGCAGGACUUGCUAAACCGAUACGAGUGGGCAUUGUUAGUACAGCCAGAUUGUGAGCUCUAUGCUCUGAGCAUUGAGUUUCAAGCAUUGAGAGAAGACAUCAGAUUUGUGCUACACAAAUCUAUAUGUACAUUAGCUGAUAAAAAAACGACCUUUUGUUUGUAGUGAGAACCAGUGUGGCUACCUCACUGAGCUGGGUGGUUUGUGUAACGGCCACUGAUACCAAAGAUUCUUUGUCCUGCCAGUCCUGUGCUCUAAAGGGAGAGACGUACACCAAAUACCAUAAACCUGAAAAACCAAAGCUGUUACGGAUGCAAACAUAGAAACUAAUGGAUGUUAAGCGUAGGUUAACACACACACACACACACACACACAUACUCACAGUGCAGUCAGACUGCAAAGCGCUGCACAGAGGGAUGCGGCUGCAAUGCAGAUUGAGUUGAGUGCCUUUAUUUUUCAACAACGGGUGGGACUGCUCUGGAGUUAAAACACACACGCAGAAGCACAUGCAAACAGUUAUACACACAUAUUACAUGCAAAUAUACAGCAUGUAGGCAUAUUUACUUGGAAACAGGGUGAGUACGGGUGGAGUUUACUUUGGUUUGAUAUGAACUGAUUUUAAGCACUUUAUAAUGGUCAAAUUUAAUUAUAGUUGUUCAUUAGCAUUUACUGAUAUUACUACUAAAAUUAUUUGUGCGCAGAGUACUUAAACUAUUUAUUUGUUGAAAAAAAGUAUCAGAUUUUAAGCAUUCAGCUCAUCUUCUCUGUAGUAUUUGUAAAAGAGGUAAAAAUUGCCAAAUGGUAGCGUAGAGUUACUAAUGUUAUAGACAGUUUCAUUGGACGCACACAGCCACAAUUACAUGCCUGGGCAAAGUUAACGUUAACGGUCUCUGUUUAUUGUUUAUCUGUCUGGCUAGUGGCUAAACAGACCUCUGGAAAAGAAACCUUGUCGAAAAUAAAAACGUUUCGGUUUCCUAAAGACCGAGCAUGAAUCAAUGCUGUGCGAAGAGAGGUUUGGCCAGACUAGAAUUCAAGGAUCUGUAGCUAACAUUGUAUACAAUAAUUUUACACAUUAACGUUAGCUCGGUGUAGUAGUUCCUGCGCUUUAGCUAUGAUUUAAACUAAUGCAAUCUACUUAUGCUGCGUUUACAAAAGCCGUGGUAGAGGCGGCAAGCGCGGGUGAUUUACAUGUUAAGUCAAUCCAAAAAUGCAAUUACACGCGGAUUAUUAUCCUGCGGCACAGUAGGCGCGGAUAGCGCAUUCCGCGCAAAUGGAGCGUUGCCGCGGGAAAUGCGCGAGUUGAAAAAUCUGAACUUCGGCGGAUUUCCGCACAGCAUUAACCAAUCAGGACCUUGCUGUAGUAGUGACGUGAUUACAGGAAGCGAGCGGAGUGGCGGAGUCUCAGAAGCCCCUCCCAUGACGCGAAUUUCCGCAUGAAUUUCUCGAAUGACUAGAAUUUCAUGCGAGAAUAAAGCGAGUGAACUCAAAUUUUGAAGUGUCCAACUAUGCGCGAAUUGCACGUUUUUUACCGCCUCUACCGUGGCUGGUGUGAACUCUGCAUUAGGUUUUUUAUUUCGCUUGUUAUCAGAAAUAAUCUUCUCUAGGACCCGAUUCUAUGCGGAAGUCUACAGGAAGUUAAGUUUGGGCCACAAAAGCCAUUUGUUAAUGUUGUUGCCACUAAAACCAUUGCCGCUCUAUACUUACACCCUGAUUCCAACUCUAUACGUCUCACUGCUGUACCCACAUAUAAGGUCUAUCUUCCUGGGCAAGGUCUAAUUUAAUCAAAGUUAUAUCCUAAAUCAACCUCUUGCCUGUUUGAUUGGUCACAUGGGGUUUUAAUUUGGCCGAUGUGGUCACAUUAGGUUGGCCCUAAUUAGCAGGACAUUUUGCUUUAUCUAUAAUUAACAUUCUACAUUGAUUUAGGUAUAGAUCAAUGGUAUAGGAUAUAAGGACCAGGUUUAAGGAUGGUCCAUUUUUCGACAGUUCGGUCAAAGAUAUAAGCAGCUGAAAGUGAUUCAAGGGAAGAGGCCAAUUUGGAUGACACGUUGGACCAUUUCCCUCUAAGUUUCUCCCAAUGGAAGCUACAAGGACUUGGCAGGCAGGUGUUGACAAUUGAUUCUGAAAUACCUCAAAUGUUUUGUGUAAAGUUUAUGUAAUUUAGAUUAAACUAAUGCUAAUUACAAUGAGUACACUAACACUACUAAGACUAAUAAUAGUUAGUUUUUGAACUUGUGACUUGAAGCUUUAUACUGUUAACUUGUGUUUUUGUUGUUGUGGUUUGGUUCACUCAUUUGCCAGUUUGUUUUGUUAUUGUUAUUAUUAUUAUUUUUAUUAUUAUUAUAUAAUAUUAUUUUGAUCUAUGGUGGUACACAAUUCUUUGUAAAAGAAAGACAUUUGAAUGUUUUUAAUGAACAGACGUGGUGUGAAGAUAAAGUCUAAAUAGGA